AUGUUUGCCUUGAAAGACCUAGGCCGCCUCACCUAUUUCUUAGGCAUCCAAGUCCACUAUCUCAAGUCAGACUUCAUCCUAAAUCAAGCAAAGUAUGUGAAAAACUUACUCCACAAACUUGGUCUCACUGAUCUUAAACCGGCAGCCUCACCCUGCACAGUAGGUAAACAUCUUUCAAUAACUAAUGGACAACCACUAUCUGAUCCCUACUUGUUCAGAAGCACCAUCGGAGCCCUUCAAUAUCUAACACAUACGAGAUUGGAUAUAGCACACAUAGUUAAUCACUUGAGUAAAUUCUUGAAGGCUCCUACGAAUAUUCAUUGGCAAGCAACUAAGCGGGUACUCCGAUACAUCAGUGCCACCAGACAUCAUGGUCUUCUUUUUCAACCUAACACUGAUUUACAACUUACAACAUUUUCGGAUGCUAAUUGGGCUUCCAACAUUGAUGACAGGAAAUCUAUUGCAGCAUACUGUGUGUAUGUCGACAACAAUCUAAUCUCUUGGUCCUCUAAGAAGCAAACAAUGGUUGCAAGAUCCAACACAAAGUCUGAAUAUCGGGUCCUUGCUCAUGCCAUAGCUGAGAUCAUCUGGCUUAAACAACUUAUGAGUGAACUACAAAUUCAAACAACCUACAAACCUAUUUUAUGGUGUGACAACAUAAGUGUUGAACUCUAG